GCCACUAACUCUGUUCUCUUUCCUAACAACCCAAAAUAGCAAACUCAAUACAUUCUUAACAUCACUCCUUCACUCACUCUUUCUACUACCAUGAGACUUUCUCGAAAGGACCGGCAUGUGAUGAUUGCAGAAGAUGAGUCAAAAAAGCUCAACAGAAACACUUCCAUGUCAAAUCCUAAUCUUCCUUAUCCUUAUAACCUCAACCUCUCUUCUUUCUAUACCCAUAAUAGUUUUUACAUCUACCACGGUCCACAAGUUCGUACGGUCAAAGAGUCCAUAAGAUCUUCCACCAAUGCAACUUUUUUGGUCUAUCAAUCCGACUAGCUAGUUCAAUCCAUGUAAAACAGCCGGUUUUUUUGUCAAUCAAUCUCGAAAAAAAAGAAAAAAAAAUUGUUUCGCAUCUCCUGCCCAAACGGUUUAACCAAACGAAGGCAAUAAGCCUUAACGUUCCAGUUAUGCUGAUUUUCGUAGUCAAGGGAUGAAGUAUGGCCAAAGAUGUGUGGCUCUUUUGCAGUUUUUGUUUAUUUAGAUAUGGUGUGAGUGUAUGCAGACCGGUUCAAACUUUACUCUCUUAAGAGUUUUGUUGUAAAUUUGUAAUAAUGCUACAACUUGAAUUUGUGUCUGUUUGUAGCAUGUAAAGAGUACAUAUAUGUAACCUUAUCUUUAUGUAUGUCAAUAUGGAUGUUUUUAUAUCAGUUAA